UAUCCUAGGUUAAAGUAAUCGAAGUUUUACUGUAUUGAAAAUCAUUGAAUAUGAUACGCACGAUUUUCUCGUGCGUCAGUAAUAUAUAAUAAAGUCGGUUAGACGUGUACAUCAUUCGAGGUUUUCUGCAUUGCUACACACGUUUAUUGUACUAUAUCGUACACUGAAUUUUAAUGGCUACUAACGAAGAUUUAAUGGACGACUGCCCACGAGAGAGUAAUUCAGCCACAUUCAGCGGCAGACGAGAUUCGAACUCGGAAUUGUUUGAUUCUAUCACCACGUAUUUUGACAAUAAAUUCAAAUCGUUUAAGAGAGAUUUUCGGCAGGAAGUACAAGCAGCUUCAACGACGACCUUCAAAAAGUUCAAGGAAAGCACGUGUACGCCAGAUUUCAAGUACAAAGGGAAUAAGAAGCAGUUCUUAUUUAAUAAGGACGUCUAUGAUAAUUUGGAUGCUGCUGCAGAACUCAUAGAACAGGGAGAACAAGGAAAAUCUCUAGAGCUGAUAGAUGAUAUCAAAAAGAAAGUUUGUAAACGCAACAAACUUAUCAAAAUUGCUGACAAAAGUUCUGGCGGUUGGGAAACGGUGCGCGAGUAUGAGUCUGACGAGUUGGCCAGUGACAGCGAGGACGAGAAGAGGCUACGACGCGCUGAAAGUCGUGCGCUCUCUAAACAAAAAGCGAGGAAAAGACCGUUACCAGUGUCUACGCCGAGUAACCCAUACGUUUUGGGGGGUUAUACUCCUACUUCUUCUUUUGGUGCUCAAACCAAGGUCAGGCCUUUUCGUUCCUUUCGACAAGCAGGACGGUCCAGUCAGUGUUUCGCAUGUGGCGGAUGGGGACACUUCCGGGCUGAAUGUCCCAAGGUCAACGGAAGUCAAUUACCCUACCAGCGGUUUUUCUCAGGCUUCAGCGGAUCUCAGCCAGGUUCACAAUCGGCAGCUCCUAAAAACUGGUUCAAGCCCCAAGACUCAGACACAGUCCAAAAUUCAAAAUGUUAAAGAUGAGUAUGAUUUUGUAGAUUUAUUCAACUGUUCAGAAUAUUCUGUUUUCAUAGACGUGAAUUUCUAUAUGCAUGAACAUUAUUUUGAGUAUCAGAAAACAUUUAAUUAUAAUAACUACAUAUGUAAGUCUAAU